AUGAGGGAGAGAAAAGAGCGUGAAAAACCGUCAUCAUUGGUGUUAGAGAGGCAACGUGAGGCGCUCGUAAAGGGCGUCGAGGUUGCGAGCGAGCGUCGCCGCGACGAUGCAUCGCUUCAGACGACGGGGGCGGAGGCCGAGCCCGCCUCGCCUGCGGUCGGCCGCUGGGGCGCCGAGCCGUUGGACCUGACCCCGGCGAAGCACGAGGAGCUCGCGACGAAAGCCGAAGCGGCGCUGCGCCGGCUCCUCGUAACCGACAACUAUGACUCCGUCAGCAACUUCGUCUCCCUCUUUGAAGCAUUCGAAAAAUCCACAGACAAACUGUACGACGUUUACGAACAGUACUCUCCACCAAUCAGACCUAAAAAGCACACAUGUGUAGGGUUAGGAUUCGAGUUGAUCAAGCGUUGGCGAGGGUUGAACAAGGAGUUUCCCGGCUUCGCUGCUGCGACGGCCCUGAUAUCUUGCGAGGAGGCUGUGGUGGAUGUGAGGGAAUACGUCACGUGUGGCGAGAGUCCCUCGGCGGUGCUCGAGGCGGAGAAAGAGCAUGUGAUGGUCGGAGUUCAGAUCAAGAUCGAUGGCCGUCCGGGACUGAUGCUCGCGGAUCCGGGAUACCACGUGCCGAGGAUCGUCACUGUCAUGGCUGAUCGAGCGUAUCCACAUACUGGUUGGUUCACCCAGUCAGACGAGCCACAUUGCCGCAAAGAGUACAACUACAUGCUAAACCCCCAAAACACCAGCUACGUAGAAUGGCAAGAAAGAGAAACCCGCGGAACAGAAGUCAAAUGCCAGACUUCUCUCGUCUACGCCGCCCGGCCGUAUUUGGACGGAGUCAAUGUCACGGAGCGAAGAAACCUGGUCUACAACUUCAGGAGUCUUCUUUCCCGCGACCAAAAAGGCCACCUCAUAGCUGGCUUGUACUUUCCCGUGGGAGGGCGCGGUAAGGACGCGCAGUUCACGCUGUUCUUUGACAAUGGAACGGAGAAACGGAAGACUAAGUACAAAUUCAGCCUCUUCCUGGAUCCAGAUAAUAUACCAGACCCAAUAAAAGAAGAAAUUGAACUUUGCAACGCCCAAAUGAACUACAAAGAGGGUGAACUACGGACCAUCAUUUGCCAGUUAGCGAAAGUGCUUUCCAACCAAGAAUUCAUAGACCAGAUGCUCGAAAUCAACGACGACAUCUGCCGCCUCAGCCUCUGACAGUGGCCGCAAAAUGGCGUCCAAAACAAAAUGGCCGAAAAAUCGGACGCCAUUAGCUUACCAAGCGACACCUCAAAUAUUCUUCCCAUUUAAUCUAGUUUAAUAUUACUGCUAUUUAUCAUUUUAAUUCAGUAUUUAAUUUUGGGUGUGGGUAAUUAUUUUACAUUCGUAUAAAUCUUAUGUAGUGAUAAGGUUAUUUUACAUUAUUUGACUAUGUAUUCUAAUUGUGAAUCAUUAUAAAUUUACCUACUUAUAUGGAUUUUGGGAUGCCUAAUUUAGUGACUGAAUUUUAUUUAAUCAAUAUAAAACUAUCAUCA